GCGGCCGAUGUUGUUGGAGAUAAAAUGUUCUAAUCUUAACGCAGAAUAAACACUGAACGUCAAAGACAGAAAUGAAAACGCGAUCGGAAGCAAAAAAAGAAAAGACGAAACUGAUAGCAGAACCUGAAAUCCGUAAGGUAUUUGCGUUGUCGCUCAUCAAUGAAAAUUUCACAGAGAAGCGUCUUGGUGCUGACGCUGACAGGAAAAAUAUCAAUCAAUUUUGCCGAAAAGCCAAUUUUUCGGUGAAUAAACUCAGCGAUUUAAAGCUCUGCAACACCGAAAACCUGAAAACAGAUAACCUCACCGGAGAAGAGAUUGGGGAUCUUUUCAAAACCAUUUUAACUGAGGGAGAUUUCAGCUCCUACGAUGCAUUCGUAUGUUUCAUAUCAAGUCAUGGAAACCCGGACGGAAUUGUAGGGGUUGACGGUAAUACACAUAGCUUUGAAAAGAUUUUUAAACGUUUAAGUAGGUGUAAUAGUUUAGUAGGAAAACCAAAGCUUCUCUUCGCCCAAAAUUGCAGAGGAGAGAAACGGGAUUAUGGCGUUACCAGGCCUAUGUUGAGGACUCAGUCUGAUCACGUGCAUUCAAAUUCUCUAACCAUUCCCAAAGAAGCUGAUAUAUUGGUUGCUUAUUCAAGUGUCGAUGGAUACGAGUCGUACAGGGAUACGAAGGAGGGGUCAUGGUUUAUCACUGCAUUGACGCAAGUUUUCAACGCACAUUUCAAAGAGCUGCAGGUGACGGACAUGCUUGCCAUAGUCAAUGAAGCGGUUGCCAGCAGGGAACAUGCGCAGGGCUGGAAGCAAAUGCCGUGUUUUUCGAGUACUUUGAGAAGGUCGGUCAUUUUUAAAACUGUGGAUCCCAUCAGGAAAACAAAGAAAAGAAAAUUAGUUUAAAUUAGAAAUACAUGUUUUGAGUACAAUUACAUAAACUUUAAACUAAUAAAAGCGAAUCUAUAUUUCAUUUAAGUUUGGCUAGAAUAUGCGUUGCUCUAGAAUUUCACAACAUGAAUAUAAAAACGUAGCAGUGUGGAAGCGAUCGAUAGUGUGAU